UUCAGUAUUCAAAAUGUGUUCUUUGCCGUUCCAACUACUUCUCGUUAUUUUUCUACUUAAAAUUAGUGAUGCUCGAGAAAUCACUUUCAAAAAUGUGACAAUUUUGUAUGUAACCGCUAGCAAAAAUGAAACAAGACUUGGUACCGCUGACAAUUUGAAGAAAAUCAUCCCUAGUGGAGAAAAACUGUCAGUAAAAGUUACUGGCGUCGUUCCCGUUUUAUAUGAACAAUCAAUUCAUGAUAUACAUAAUUUGGAAUCGCUGCAACUAAAUGAGGAGAGUUUGAAAGAAAUCAAACCGGGAGCCUUUGGAAACUUACCACUUUUACGAUAUUUGGAUUUAAGUGAGAAUAAAAUAACUGAAAUUAAAAGUGGUACCUUUAGUAACCUAAACCUGUCCCUGAUAAACUUGGCAUUUAGUUCAAUCAAAUCUCUGCAACCUGGAGCUUUCAAGAACGUCAUUAUUGGAGAACUAGCCCUCAGUGGCAAUUCACGUACUGAACUUCCACUUGGCAUUUUCGAAAAUGUGACACUCAAAAGCUUGGAUUUGAGUAGUAAUCGCAUGCACACUAUAUCAUCAAAAGCACUACCACGUUCGUUGAGAAAUUUAAAUCUCAAAAUCAACCGAGUUGAAUCAAUCGAUUCAGACAAUUUUAAUCAUCCUGAAUUAACAUCACUCGAUUUGAGUUACAACCAAAUCAAGCUUUUACGACCUGGAGACUUGAAAAACUUACCCCGAUUGAAGAAGCUAACACUUGAAUCUAACAUGUUGACAGAAAUUCCAGAUGGAGUUUUCAACAACACUACUAUCACGGAUUUAAAUCUGCAGUUCAACCAAAUUGCUACAAUUGCGACAAAAGCUUUUGACCAUAUGCCAAAACUCAAGCGGUUGAGUAUUAUGUAUAAUAAUAAUCUAACUCUGUGGGAUAAUAAUUGGUUAGCUGGAUCAUCAGAACUUUCUGCUUUAAUCGUUAAUAACAACCGAAUUACUGAAAUUCCAGAUGAGGCCUUCAAGAAUUAUCGUGACGUGUUUCAUAUUGAUCUUGCACACAACAAAAUUUCGAAAAUUUCAAUGAAAGCUUUUCAUAAUGUGGGGCAUAUUCAUAUUUUAGAUUUGGCUGCUAACGAAAUUGAUAGUUGGAAUCCAGAUUGGGUGGCUAAUGUUAGUAUUGAUAGAAUUGAUCUUAACUGGAACAAAUUCAAUGGUGGAAGAAUCUGGAUAAACAUUUUUGAGAUAUAUGAGUAAUUUUAUAUUAACAAUAUUUGGUUCAAUAAAG